AUGCCAAACGGGAUGUCCUGCCUCUACUCCACAUCUAGCGCGAGCCUUCAAGCGCCAACUCUGAACUCAGACAAAUCAUCAGAGGAGGCGCCCUUACCCGCUCCUCCCAAACGGAAGGAAAGUGCCGAGCAUUUUGCGUACUGGUUUACUACUUAUGCAUUUUUGAUGCCCGAAAUUCGACCUGUUACAUUUUUAAGCAUGGUGUUUUCCGCUGUAGUAGCCCUGGCAUACAAACACGGCGUUAUAGGCGCGCUCGACCUUCAGCCACAUUCCUUACUCGCUGGGCCUCUGGGGUUUUUGUUGACGUUUCGGGCGCAGCAAGGCUUCGAUCGAUGCCAGGGAGCGCGUAGGACGUGGGAUACCGUCCUCGACACCUCCCGCGACAUGGCUCGAUGCGUGGGGGGGGCCGAUAUUUUGCUUUCGGACGAUAAGUACUCCUUCCCCGCCGGGCGCCUGAUAGCCUUGAUCCAAGCCUACGGCAUCCUUCUCGAGGAGUUCGUGACGCGCAUCCCCCGGGAGGAUGAAUUGAAGGAGCUUCUGAGCGAGCAGGACUUGCUCGUCCUAGAGGCACGCCGGACCCACAGGCCGGUGGCAUUGAUCGAAAUAAUGGCCCAAGAGGUGGCUCGCAUUGCCCGGGCGCAAACGACGUUUCGAGAGAGUCCCUAUUUCAGUCGGCUGCUGAACUGCAUCGAUCAACUCGGACACCACACCACGCUGAUUCACAGCCUGACCAAGACGCCGGUGCCCCCGAUCUUCUACACGCACGCCCUCCGAUUCCUCACCCUCUACGUCUUCACCCUUCCCCUAGCUCUCGUCGACAAAAUACCUGGAGGCGCGCUGGUACCAGUGAUAGGGCUCAUGACCUGGAUCCUCUUUGGACUGAGAGAGUUGGGAAUCAAAGCCCAAUACCCUUUCUCGACAGGAUUGGUGAACGUGAAGACCGUGUGGGAAGAGGUAGUCUUCAACACGCCGGAUUUGUUGAAAGAUGCCGUCCAGAAGGUGAAAAAGCAAAUGUAA